GGAGGAGACCCGGGGGCCUCCUGCGGGUGCUGGGGUGCAGGGCGGCAUCCCGCACCGUCUCGGGGCCCUUCCUGCGGAGGCCGCGGGCCGUCCCGCAGUGCUUCGCGCAUCUCCUUACUGGAGGCCCGGGCUCGGGCCGGGUGUGGAAGUUCAAGGGGUAAGCUGCGCCCGCUGCGAGGGAGAUUUUCCUCCUAGGGCAUGCCACUGGGGAGCCUGGUUUACGAGCCGUUUAAAGGUCAGCUGCACCUUCUAGACUGGGGAAAAGAUGGUCAACGUCUUGAAAGGAGUGCUGAUAGAAUGUGACCCUGCCAUGAAGCAGUUUCUGCUGUACUUGGAUGAAUCAAAUGCCUUAGGGAAGAAGUUCAUCAUUCAAGACAUUGAUGACACUCAUGUCUUUGUUAUAGCAGAGUUGGUUAAUGUCCUCCAGGAGCGAGUAGGUGAAUUAAUGGACCAAAAUGCUUUUUCUCUUACCCAGAAGUGAAAGUACUCAAUAUUGACCACUUAGGAAUUACAAGUAGCAAAUGUGAGAGACUGUCACUAUUCAGUGUCCUACAUGACAGAUUAGACUUAGCUGCUUAGUCGCAUAUUAUGGGAAAAACUGUGAUGUCAUUUGUUCAGAAAAAAGUCCUUGAAAUGAUUUUCUUGUUGUUUUUUCGGUACAUGUACCCUAGAAUUUAAAAAAAAAAAAAGAAAAAAAACUUUAAUGAUUGUCUGUAAUUUGACUUUUACUAUCCUACAUUAAAAUAUAAAUAUAAAUGGUUUUCCUACCUUUUUAA